AUGGCCGACCUCACAACAUUGGAUGCGCUGCAGGCGUUUCACGGAGAGCUUGUCGCCUUGCAAAGUGGGCGCAGUGAUGCCGAUGCGAGCAGCGUUGACAAUGAAGCCCUCGUCGAAAACUUUGAGCGCGAGCUCGGACGAGUGUGGGAGCGCCCUUGUCGGAGCGAAGAAAGCAGGAAAUUGAUCAAGUCUGGAAAAAUUGUCCUCGACGGCCUAGAGCUUUCUAUCAAUGACAUCUUCCAACAAGACGCGUUAACACUCUCGGACGAGCUCGACCUUGAUGAACUUGAUGCUGCUCGUUUCCUCCUUGACUCGGAGGAAGACCCCUCAAUACUCGGCCGAUCACUUCUAGAAUGUGCCAUCAUUCGUUUCCACCAGCAGCGAAAGUAUGCGCUCGACAUCUUGCGAAUUCUUUUCGAAAUCUACGCGCUCGAAACCGCCGAAGAAUCGACCCCCCUCGAUGGUAUCAAGGCAUAUGUCGAAGCACGAGUGCUACAACCAGGCGCGACAGGACAAAAGCGCAACGUGCCUCGAUACAUGACUGCCAUGGCCGAGAUCAAAACAUGGCUACAAAAGCUCGGCGACAAAAUCGCGGCCGCCCAAACAAUGGGUCAACCCAUGUCUGAGCAGAUGGAAACUAUCGAGUUUUCGCGCAUCAGUCUUAUACAACAACAUGAAUCGUUGGCUACGAUUCUCUGCUGGGCUGCCUCCAAGAGGCAGGCUGAAACUGCCGACUUGAUGAAUUUCGUCAACGUCCUGAAGCGAUCUGACAAAUACGAUUGCCUUCUGGUACAUCUGCUGCCAGCCCUUAGUGCAUAUAUUGUCGCUUUCGGCUCGUUGGAAAGUGGAAUGGAUCUUGCGCGUGUAACGGAUCUUCACUCUAAGCUCUUUGCUGUUAUCGACGAUUCCGCUUGGCCGCUGCCCUACCUUCAGGCUGCAUUCAAGGCAAUGUGGUUGGCGGAGUACUCGGGCUACUGGGCUGACGAACCGACCAGCGUACCUGAUCCUGAGCUAGUCGAUGGGGAUCGCGAGAGAUCGAAGGUGUUCAUGGAUGCAUUAAAGGACGGCGCGUUUGAUUUCCUUUUAACGGUUGUAACUGACGUCCGCACACCGGAUUGGCAUGACCCUGUCCGAGUGGGCAUGCGCAAAUGGCUACAGCGCAAAUCAACGCCGCUUGCUACCGACAUUGUCCAAUUCUCUGAAUAUUUUCAGUUUCGACUCAUGAGCCAGUUGGAGCUGUUCGUUGACGCUUUCAUUACCAACAUGCCCGAUGUUCUACGAAAACUACGAGUGGAAGAAGAUGAGCAACGCCAACUUAGUCAAGUCCAUGAGCAAGACCUUGAUCUGGAACGCUUCCUCUUGAUAAUUGCAAACGUCUACGAACGCCGAGCCGAUGCGGCAGCAGCGUUUUGGGCAGAUCCGGAUAGCAACUUGGCCGGAUUUAUGCACUGGGCGUCGCGGCGCGCAUCGACGCCUUUAGUUGCUGCAUUCUGCGAAAUGCUGCAAGCAAUCUCAGAGAACGACGAGUGUGCGACAGCGGCCCACGAUUUUCUGCUCGAUGAAGGCCAUCAUUCCUCUGGGAAGAUGCGACGUACUCAAUCUCUGACUUGGAUGCAGAUCUUCCGCGAGCUGGAGUUCUUCUCAGAAAAGAUCAAGCAGAAGCCAACAGCCACACCAACAACACGGUACCGGAACACGAAACCACAUGCAGAUGUCGUGGAGACGGAGCCUGAGUCUGCCAUGAUGCUGGAGUGUUAUUUCCGCCUCAUGACUAAGCUUGCAUCUGAGAGUGAGAUCGCGCGACAGUUUUUGCUACGAAAUCCUGACUACCCCGUUGUCGACAAACUGCUUGACCUUGCUAGCAGCCAAAUACCAUCGCGACUACGCGCCUGUAUAUUCAUGGCCCUGACAGCUAUGCUGACGCGAAAGACGUUGGAGGAAAGCAACCUUAUGUGGCUGUGUCUGGACAACUGGAGUACGGGGCAAUACGCCCAGUCUCCCGCACAUGCCACCGGAUCCCUUCGGCAAGGGCAAGUACAGCCUGUCGUCUCAAUGGAUCGAAUUUUGGAUGAGAUGAGCAACGGGUUCGACGAACCACAGGCGUUUACGAAGCUCUUAUUAGCACUUGUAUCGCCUGCAGUCGAUAGCAGUCCGCUUAAUGACUCUCUUCCGUUCGGCGACUCUCUUGGAGCAUCUGCCCGACUUUCUGGCAUCGAGGCCUACAUUGAUUUUGUUAUUGGGCAAGUGUUUGCUAGCAAGGCGCAGGAUCUCCAGGAUGUUUACCAGACGCGAGUUCUCAGGCUAACCUGCCUCGAGUUUAUGCUGACCUGCCUGUCCACAUUCAACGAAGACCUGAUCAUCAUGGCUAAUACUACCAACCUUGCCAUUGACUCUGCUAUUGCAACGUCUGACUUGGCAACAUACGUGAUAAGGCAUCCAUUUGCCAGGGUCAUGGAGUGGAUGUACAACGACAAAAUUACGGCAGCCCUCUAUAAUAUUAUUCAUCAAAAGGCACUGGAAGUUGGCAAUGCUGCUCCUGACUCGCCCCUCAUUCUGGGCAUCCUCCGGGCUGUUGAGCUCAUCUCUAAAGUCAUGGACCUCGAAACUACCUACCGGGACUUGGUGCGACCUUUGAUCAAGAAGAGCAAUCAUCAGCGACAGCCCGUCCCCAAUGCCGCGUACUCGUAUUUUGACGAUGGGCUUGUCACUCGGCUGAGCUUUGUGGUAGAUCUUGGCAAUUACUGCGGGAUUGGUCAUCCAGAGUUGACACUCGCGUGUCUGCGGCUUCUCGGUCUGAUGUCGUCUUCUUCUCGCAUCACAGCGGAGUGGGCGGGUUCAGCUAGAGCCGGUCACAGGAACAAGGCUGUCGUGGCCAUGGAAGCGAAUGGCGAGUACGAAUCCAUCUCAAGAGCUUUCAUCUCCGAACUGCAGUCUCCUCUGGAACCCGGUAGAGAGGCUGGCUCACCAAGCUAUAUCACCAAGUGCUACGUGCUUGAUUUUCUGUUAAAGUGUUUGAAGGAGACUCCAAAUCGGCCAACAAUUGCUCAUUUGCUUCUUGGAUUCAAAUGCGGCGUCGAUUCGCUAGGACUUGAUGACGCAUUCACUACCAGGAAGUCACUAUUCCACAGCCUAGUGAGACUCGUGCUAGACCUCCCUUGUAUGGAUGGUCAAGGUAUGAGAGCAUGGCUUAUUUCCAUCCGAUGCAAAGCCAUGCGCAUUCUUCAGGUGCUAUGGAGCUCGCCUCUCUCAUCAAAGCUCGUCAUCGAGGAGCUACGAGACAAUGAGUUCUUCUUCCACCUGCUUCUACGCGAAAACAUCAUCCAGCCUAACAUCCCGUGGGAGGGCCAGCAGGUAGCCGCCAUCCACUUCCCCCUGACCGACGGCUGCCCUGCUCUGUCACAAUUCCUUAUAUUAAGGCGCAUUAUUUUGGAGUACUUUGCCAUGGAGUUGUGCAUGAUUGCUCAAGGCCGUAUGCCAAGCGUCAAACGACGGAUCUUUGAGGCGCUCAAUGGCCAAAUUGUCGAGGACAACCAGCGCAUUCAGACACCCACAAUCUUCGACCUGUAUGACUUCGUAUUACCGUCAGGCAUCUGGGCGGUACCUGUUCUUCAGCUAGAGUAUUACCAGGACAUUGAUCCCUCGUUCUGCGUGGAGGACGAUGGCGACGGCAACAAGAUGCACAAUCUCGAGCGCGUGAAGGAGAUGCUUUUAAUAAAGCAAAACGAAAAGAGGCAAGGCAAGACCAGGGACGCAUUGGUGACGGCACAGACUAUCGCUGCAAUUGAGAGGGAAGAAGCAGUAAUUAUAGAUCAUCUGGCCUCUACCGAUCGCCAACUACAGCUACGUCAGCAAAGCUUGCAAGUACUCAAGUCGUGGACAAAGCUGCUACUCAUCAUGGUUGAGUCCAAUGACUUUGAUGGGACGGCCCGAACAUCGUUCUUUCUGCAAACCCUUCAGGCGAUCCUCCCCAGCCUAGAGUCCUGUGCCUCUGAGAGCCCUGUGGAAGCCAUGGAUCUUGCCAAGCUGGCCAGAAUCUUGCUUUCACGUCUAGACUUGAAGGAAUCGAGCACAACCGACAAACAAGGCAAGGCUAUCGGCAACCUCAUACACGAUAAGCUGUUUCAGCUCUUCCAAAUAUGCCUACAAGCCAUCAGCAAGUGGGCUGGAUCUCACGAGCUGCGCGCUAUUUACUACGAGAUUUGCUACCGAUAUCUCACCGGAGCACCGGACGAGACGAAGCGCAGCUUUAAUCUUCAGAUCAUGCAGACGGUGCGUACAUAUGGCGAGCGCCUCAUCAACGCCAUCUGCGACGAUGCGUAUUGCGGCGCGCCGAGCAGCCAGACGGCCGCGUAUAUUCUCCUCAACGGGCUCGUCAACGCCGGGCGACAGGUCGACGACGAGCACGUGGUGGACAUGCUGAACCGGCUCAACUUCAUCGGCAUCACGGUGGACACCCUACGCAGCGUCAUGGUGGACUGGCAGGAGGCAUUUGGUGCCGGGGACGGCCGCGGCGAUACGGACCUGCAGAACAACCAGAACGCCAAGCUCGCGCUACUACUGCAGGUCGCGCAGACGCGCAACGGCGCGCAGUACGUGAUGCAGGCCAACAUCUUCCGCGUCGUCGAGCUCUCCGGCCUGUACGCGGCGGACCCGGAGCUGCAGCUUCUGCGCGGCGGCGGGCACGACGACGGGGGCCGGCGCGCGCUCGAGCAGCACUAUGACCUGCUCGCCAAGGUCACGCGCAUCGUCGGCGUGGCACUCCUCAGUCGCGGCAGCCACAGCAUCGCGCAGGGCCGCCGGUUCCUCGCCGACCACCGCAUGCUGGUCGCGCACACGCUCAAGCGCAGCGCGGGCAUCGGGACGCACGCCCCCGGCGACGACGGCGAGGUGCUGGAGGAGAAGGUGGAGGAGCUGGCGGCCGCGCUGAUGGUGGUCAUUGCCGCCACGGGGUUCAUCGAGUUUGACAACGAAGCGGUUCCGGAACCAAGGACGACCCGCAAACUGUUCCAUUGA